AUGAAUGCGCUCAACGAACAACAACGCGCGACGAGAGCCGCGGAUGUGGUGGAAACUUCGUUGAAACGGUUUUCCGAGAGCGUCCAACGCAUCCUUAAUCUCUCUUCUUCUUCUUCGAAAGGAAGAGAUGAAGAUGUAGAAGACGUGAUACACGCGUUGUCGCAGUUGGAAAUGCACCUCAAAUCUGCUGAAAGCAACAAAAUUUUCUGGACGGAAGAGCUAGGCAAAACGUUGUACGAGUCGGUGGCGUCUUUCCUCGUCACGACGACGGGGAAUGAGAACGAGACGAUAAACCGUCACCACGCUCGAGCGAUGCGCGUGACUUCUUUAGCGAUUCAAUCGAGCAAAGAUAAGGAGAUUUUCAAGGAGUGCUUGAACGGCGGGUCGGAGACGGCGAAGAAACUGUUCGUAAACGCGUGUUUGAAAAAAUUGUCCGGCGGCGUUGAAGGCGGCGGAGACGAGAAGGACGACGAAGAGAAGAGCGCCAUCGACGCUUUAGUGUCGUUGUGCUGCGACGCCAAAGCGAUUACGAAAACGUUUUUGGUGACCAAAUUGAACGUGGAUGUGAAAACGAGUUCAGUGAAAGCUCGCGUGAACGCGUGUAAAGUUAUCCAAGAGAUUUGCGAGAAGAGUUCGCUCAGUUGGGAUUGUACCAACGCGGUGAAGAAAUUGAAGCAGUUAUUGUUGUUGUCGGACGACGAUGCAGAACCAAUGGUGAAAGAUGCGAGCUUACGCGCGUGCGUGGCAUUGCGGAAUUCCAGAGUAGACGAUUUCACGGAAAGGCAAGGGAUUGAGCGCGCUUUAUUGGAAACGAACGGGAUGAGUCCUAAGACGAGGAAAGCGUUGGAGCGAGCGUUUGAGGGUGGAGGAUAUGUGACGACGACGACUACUAAUACGAGACCUGGCGAAGAUCGAUUGUUAGAGAUGCGCAGUCCGAUCAAUCCGAACGAAACGACGCCGGCGAGACGAUUAAGGAAGCAAUCCGAACGGUUGCAAAAGUUUCAAUCCGACGACGCGUUGCCAAAGGAGGCGUUUUUAACGCAGUCGACGUCCAAGUCCAAACAAAAGCAACAAGCUGAAGAACACGCAUUAAGCUCUUUAGAGUGCACGCAACACGUCUUGGAAACGAUCGCCGAGGAGUUGCAUCAAUCUUCCUCGGAAUGGGAAAAGAGAGUUCUCGGGUGUAAAAAAAUCGUCAAAUUAUGCACCUUGCAAAACAACAAGUUCCGACAGUUUUGUAAAGACGCUUCGAUUGUGAUAAAGAAACAAAACGGGUCGAUCAAAAAGUUUGGCGAAACAAACGCCGUUUUACUCAUCCUCGAUAAGUUAUCGUAUGCGGUGCACGACAAGCGCUCGUCGGUCGCGCGCGCGGGAUGUCAAGCGGUUUUGUGCAUGGCGCAACGCCUGAAAGGCGAUUUGAGCGACGAGUUUCUCGAUAUUCUUUUACCUUCGCUUUUCAAAGCGAUCAUAGUCUCGGUGGGCGUGAUAAGUGAUAACGGCGACGCGUGCGUCUCGGAAAUUGUUCGGAACUGUUUCGGCGGUAGCAGUUUGGACGAUGAAGGUCCAAAGGUGCACCUGGCGCGCGUGUUUGCGGAAGAAAUCGUCUCGCCGAAAGUAUCGAAAAUUGCAAAGUUGAGAGCGAAAUGUGCGUUGUACCUCUCCGAAUGCUUCGAAGUUGGCUUGGUUGGAUCCUCGCACUUGCCAAAACCUGUUGCGGAUAUCGCAAGCGUCGCUAUUGAGAAAGCGCUGGAAGACGCCGACGCGACUGUUCGCGGUAACGCCAAGUUGGCGUACGAAAAGUUUCAUCGAGUCGUGGAUGAAUCGUAUUUCGAUGCGUUUACGCAACAGUUAGACCCUGAAAUUAAAAGACGUUUAGCGUUAGUAUCAUCUUCGGAGAAGAAGAAUAAGAAGAAUAAGAAGACGAUUAUGGCUGGUUCGGAUGAGAAGAGUAAUGAAAUGUCUUUGCAAGACGCCAUGCGAGAACGGAAACGAAAGUUACAACAAGAAAAAGAACAACAAAAGGACAACAACAACUCGAAAGGUGAAUUGACGGAAGUCAUCGAGCUCAACGCGAUUUUGGCGGCACAGAAUAACAUGAAGGCGUACAACGAUAGAAUCGGGCAACCGGUGGACGAUGACUUUACGAUUGACUUGCCGCCGCGAAUGUUAUCGAUUCAAACGCCCAUGUCGAUUAAGCCGGCGUUGAAGAAACACACGGCACUCGUCGAGGAAGCGAGCAAGAGAGCGACGACGACAGCAACAGCAACGAUAUCGACGAGAAUGGCGGCGAUUAAAGAGAGUGAGUUUGAUGUCGACGUCGACGCGGAAGAAGGCUUUCGCGAUAACAACAACAACAACAACAACAAAGACGACGACGAUAGCAUCGACUCCUCUCUCCCUCCGAGAGAACGAUUAGGUCGCUCGCUCGCUCAAACGGAAGUUGCAGACUCGCCACCAGCUCGCGCAAAAGCUGCCGAACGUCUCCGAGAUGCUUUAGAAGAUAUGGAGCAACUCCUCUCGAAGAAUACCGACGACGACGACGACAAAGAGGGCGUCGAAGCGAUAUCGGCAGACUUCGUACUCCGAGCGGCGACGACAUUAGCGCGAUUUUGCGCGGACGAUGUGACGGAGUCUCGAUGUUUUGUGCCCGCCUUGGAAGCUAUCGUCGCGUUAACCAACGUAUCUUCGCUACGCAUUAAAAUUGCCUCUUCCUCCUCGGCCAUGGAGGCGUCGAACAACUCGUUCAUGAAAGAGUUCAAAUUCGCUUUCGCGGAAUCGACGAAAAUUUUAGCCGGACCUCUUUUCGGGCGAUUAGCCGGGCAAAAUCCAAACGCGCGAACGUCCGCGCAAGAAGCACUCAUUUCUUUAGCGCGCAACGUCGAUCUAGAAACCGGCUUACUUCCUUCGCUACGCAGAGCAUUCGUGUCCAUCGAAGCGACUGAGUCAGACGUGGAGAAGUGCGACCGCGCUCGAACCGGUGUCGCGCAGUUUUCCGGAUACGCGUUGAGUACGAAGAACUUGUCCAAGAAGAAGAUUGCGCAUCUCGCGGAAGGCUCGGACGAGUUGAAGAACUGGGCGAAUACGCUGGCGAAGUGUGCGAGUCGAUGCGUUUCGGUGUCUUCUAAAUCGAAUUUGUACGACGCGUGCGUGGACGCGUUGAGAGUCGUAUGUUUUGAAAUCGAUCAAGAAACGGUCGAGAAAAUCGUCGCGAAUUACGAAGCUAUCAAAGCGGACGUGCUUUUGAAGAAAUCGAACGCGGAUGUUUUGGAAAGAUCAUCGAAGAAGAAGAACAAGAAGACAAAAAAAGCGUCCUCGACGACGCCGGAAAAUAUCGACGGCAAGCCUGUCGACGGCGGCGAGGAAGAAAACGAUGCCUCGACUUCGCUCGCAGGAAGAACACCGGGUGCGUGCUUGGACAAAUCAACCGGUCGCAGCAGAAAGAGCUUUGGCACGCGAAAGACACCAGUCAGUACCAUAAAUACGGACAACAGCAUACCAAUGACCAUAUCUCCGUCACCAAUUUUGGGAGGCGGUGAUGCCUCGACGAGGAUGAACGUGAACGACAACAACAACAACAACAACAACGAAGCCUCGUUUGGUUUAGACGUUUCGCAAAUGAACAACUUAAUGCCGCCGACGACGGUGAAAAAGAACUUAUUGCUGACGAAAAUGAGCGGUCAACACUCGUCCGUAGUCAAAUCCGCUGCUCCGACGCCUGGUCCCGUUUCUGCGCGCACAACACCUAACGCUGCUCCGACGAUUGCUCGAGUAACGGGGAAGCCGCAAACGCAAUCGCUCGGCGUUGGCGCACGCGUGAUGCGCGCGUUGGACUGCUUAAAAAAAGAAGAGGAUGUGAGCACCAUCGACGAUCGUCGAGACGUGUUGCGCUCUCUCCUUGAAAUGGUCCAAUUGGAAUAUUCGGCGUUCAAACCUUUCGUCACUUUACUCGCGCCGACGUUGGUCAAAGUCGCCGAGACAGAUCUCGACGGCGUCUGCCGAUUCUACGCCCGACGCGUCUUGUUCCGAGCAUUUGAAAGAGCAACCGACGGCGACGACAAAAUCGAAAACGAGGAAUCCGGAAUCGUCGAUGCCGUCACCUCUCUCGUCCCUAUUUUUGUCGAUCAAACGACCCAAACGAGUUUGCGCUGUUUGAAACUCCUCCUUGAAAAAGUUACGAGAAAGGAAAGCGUAGAAAAAAUACUCGAUUUAGUCGGCAGCUACGUCUACGAAAAGGCCGGCGUCUCUUCCUCUCCACCAUCACCGAACGCGAAGAAAGAAGCGUGCGAAUGCGUCGCCAUCGCGCUGAGUAAACUCUGCGACGAGAACGAAGAAGAUAAACAAAUCCUCCUCUUCUUGAACGCUUUGCUCGAGCGAGACUUGUACUCGCUCAACGUCUUCGGCGACGAGGAAAAGAAAGUCAUCGCGAGCAUCGCCAAAGCUUUGAUGAAACAAAAGAAUUUUAAAGAAAAAGUUAAAGAAGAAGAGCAGCGCGGAGGCGCUCUGAAUCGACCGUUUAAGCAGUUUCAAAGCCUCGUCGUUCAUUAA